UUUGUUUGAAUAUUACACGGUCAGUGGUCCGGUACUCGAUCUCGCCGUCGUUUCGCCAUGAAUUCCACCGGUUGUCGGUUUGCUUCAUCAACGACGGUGUUGGCAUGGAUUGUGCUAGCAGCUUGCUGCUGGUCACUUGCAACGACAGCCAACGGUCAUGCAGUUCAUUCUCACAAAGAUCAUACAGAACAAGAUUUGCAGUUUUGGAUAGAAAAUGCUAAAAAGACAGUAGCACAAAAACUUAACUAUGUCAAUAACCAAAAUGUUGCUAAAAAUAUAAUCAUGUUCUUGGGCGAUGGUAUGUCGUUGACUACGUUGACGGCUGCUCGGAUCUAUCAGGGACAAUUGGAAAAAAAGGCCGGUGAAAACGAGUUCUUAAGUUUUGAAAAAUUUCCUUUCGUAGGCAUGUCUAAGACUUACUGUGUUGACAAACAAGUUGCUGAUUCUGCUUGCACUGCAACUGCCUACUUAACAGGGGUAAAAGGCAACUUUGAGACAGUUGGUUUAUCUGCGGCAGCUAAGAUUUCAGAUUGUCCAGCAUCAGUAGACCCAGACAAUAGAUCUAGUUCUAUAUUGAAAUGGGCUCAAGACGCCGGGAAAUCUACGGGUAUUGUGACUACUACUCGAGUUACACAUGCAUCGCCUUCUGGUACUUAUGCACAUUCAGCACAUCGUAAUUGGGAAUCGGACGCUGAUCUAGAGGCAGCAAUAAAUUUGACAGAUAUUACAAAAUGUGAAGAUAUCGCAAAACAACUCAUUACUCGUGAACCCGGCAAAAAUAUUAAUGUUAUAUUAGGCGGAGGACAAAAUAAUUUUUUUUUAAAAGAGAGUGAUAAGAAUGGUUCUAGAAUGGAUAUGGAUUUAGUUGAGUUCUGGAAGAAUGACAAAAAGAAUCGUGAUUCUUCGGCAUAUUACAUUGAAGAUAGAGAACAAUUGUUAAAAAUUGACCCUUCAAAAACUGAUUAUUUAUUGGGUCUCUUUGAGAAGGAGCACUUUAACUUUCGUUUACAAGCUAAACAAACACAACCAACAUUAGCAGAAAUGACUAAAGUAGCCAUUCAAGUACUAUCCAAAAACAAAAAUGGUUUUUUUUUGUUCGUUGAAGGUGGAUUAAUUGAUUGGGCUCAUCAUGCCACAAAGGCUAGAUUAGCCUUAGAUGAAACUGUUGAAUUUUCUAAAGCUGUGCAGCAAGCAGUUGAUUUAACCAAAGAGAAAGACACAUUGAUUAUAGUGACUUCAGAUCAUGCUCAUACUGUUUCCAUGGCUGGAUAUCCAGACAGGGGUAACGAUAUUUUGGGUUUUGCAGAUACAUCGUCAAUUGAUAAACGGCCAUACACAACAAUUAGUUAUGCUAAUGGUCCUAAGUAUAAUGUAGACACUUCGGACUGCUCAAGAAAAAAUUUGUCUGAAACUGAACUAUCUGAUCCAAACUUUCAAUACCCACAUCUUGUUCCAUUAAAAGAUGAAACCCACAGCGGUGAAGACGUGAUGGUGUUUGCAAAAGGACCUUGGGCUCAUUUAUUCUCCGGUAACUACGAACAAAAUGUGAUACCAAUAACAAUGGGUUUUGCUGCUGGUAUAGGACCUUCCGGUGACUCUAAUCCAGCAUUGAAAAGCGAUGGAUAUUCUACUACUUUGUACUCCUACUUUUAUUCUUUAACAUCUUUAUCAAUGAUCAUAGCGUAUUAUUUUAGAUAAAUAAUACAUACUGUAUUUUAGUAUCGUUAUGUUUUUAUAGUCUUAUGUAUUUCGACCGUAAAUAUUUAAAUUUUAUGUAUUAUUGAUUAGAUAAAGUUUUCUAAAUGUUUAUACUUUUUUAAUUUUAAGUUAUUUGAACGUUGAAUAAACUUUGCAUUGAUUAUUUAUUUAUAAA